GUCCCGCCGUAACCCCACCAUGUCAGACGCUAAGCAAGACCUUGUGGACGCCUCCCUUCUCUCCUCUUCCCACCUAACACCCAUCGACCACAAAUCACACCCCCUCUCCUCUUGGCCGUCUAUCAAGCCCAAUCCCAUCGGUCGCCUCUCCCUCUUGAACCCCUCUAUCACAGUCGCGGCGGCUCGCGAAGGUAUACAGGUCGGCAAGAGCAUCCCCAUCGAUUGGCCAGUAUAUCAUUCUGGGACGUGCUUGUUCGACAGGCCUUGUGGGCAGCAUGAGAUCAAACGAAAGGGAUAUGGAGACGAUGAGAUCAAACGAAAGGGAUACGGAGACGAUGAGAAGCAACAGACCGACGAGAAUGGGACCCCCUGGAUUGUUUGCUACGAUGAGAUCCUCACUAUCAACACUCAAGCUUCGAGCCAGUGGGACUACUUCUUGCAUUUUAGCUACCCAGGCUCUGGUGUUUUCUACGGUGGUAUCAAAGAUCAAGAUAUCCUCAACAGAAAGACGGGUGACGUUUGCGUAGCGGCCCUGGCCAAAGCCGGUGGUAUACAGACUCGUGGGAUUCUUAUUGACAUUCCCCUGUACCUAGAGCAAAACAAUCUGCCCAGCAAUCCUCCCUUGGUUAAUCCUGCCUCAAAUCCGGUCGACUUGCCUCUCCUCCUGAAAGCUGUGGAACAUUUUCAUCUGCAACCUCGCCCCGGAGACAUCUUGCUCGUCCGUACCGGCUUCGAAGACGUGUACCGCGAGGACAGCGAGAAGGCCCAAGUGGACAGACAUAGGGAGAGUGCGAUCCAAGGUCGGUGGUAUGGGGUGGAAGGGAAGGAGGAUGUGGUCAAAUGGAUAUGGGAAACGGGUUUUGUGGCUGUCGGCAGUGACAAUCCCACGUUUGAGAGUUGGCGUGAGUGCUCGACUAAGCAUACAGAGGAGCAGACCUUGAGCUGAGUAUGGAAAGCUGUAUGGGAGAAUGCCGUCUGGAUGCACCCCACCCUACUCUCGGGGAUGGGCAUCCCCAUUGGCGAGAUUCUGCGUCUCAAUGAGGUGGCGAGCGAGUGUCAACGUCAAAAUCGGUGGAGUUUCUACUUCAGCAGUGUGCCUUUGCAGAUCGAAAAUGGCAUUGCUAGUCCACCUAACGCAGUGGCUAUCUUUUGAUGGUUUGGAAUGUGAUGGACGUAUUGAGCGCCGCGAGGAAUCAUCUUUGAACAGACUUAUUGUAACUGUUCACCAUGUAUGACUGAUAGUGGAUUUUCACCAUUCUGAU